UUCUUUUAAUUCAGUGUUUUCCUUUCAGUGUCUGAGCUGAGGGUUGUUCUGCUGGGGAACAGCUGGUCUGAGAGGAGUUCAGUGGGGAACUUCAUACUGGGAGAGAUUAAGUUCAACACUGAGGAAGAACCAGACCGCUGUCUGAGAGAAAGAGGACGCUUAAAGGAAAAAGAAAUAGUUCUCAUCAACACCCCAGAUCUGCUGCAUCCCAACAUCUCUGAACACAAACUGACAGAACAUGUGACAAACUGUGUGAGUGUCUCUGAUCCUGAACCUCAUGUGUUCCUGCUGGUUCUACAGCCUGAAGACUUCACUGAGGAACACAAACUGAGGCUCUGCAGAGUCCUGAAACUCUUCAGUGAUCGAUCAUUUGAUCAUUCACUGGUUCUGAUAUCAACACCCAGAGAGGAGAGCUCAGGUUCCAAGGAGAAGGAACAUGUUUUAACUUGGAUUCUACAAAGUCUGUCGAGCUGAGAACUCCCAGUGAAUACACCCCACCGCACCAGUCAUCUGAACUGAGGAUUGUGAUGUUUGGAAGUGAAGACAAAAAGAGAUCAUUGUGCAACCUCAUCAUCAGGAGCAAAAAGUUUAAAUUUUAUCAAAUAAACCAAAACAUGCAAUCUGAGGUCGUCUGUGGAGACUGAAAAGGAACACCUCUAAAAGUGGUGAAAUCUUCAAACAUUUUUAGUCUGACUGAGGAGAAAGUGAGAAGAGAGGUGAAGAUCUGUGAGACUCUUUGUCCUCCUGGACCAAAUGUUCUGCUGCUGUUAGUGAAGCCUUCUGAUUUCACUGAGUAGAACAGACAAAAACUGAAGUUCAUCCUGAGUUUGUUUGGUCAAGAUGCUUUUAAACACUCAAUGGUCAUCACGACGCAUGAGGGGAAUGUAACACGUAGCUCUGUCAGUCAGCUGCUUAAAGACUGUGGAAGUAGACAGUACAACAUGUUGGAAAAUGACCGCACACUGUUAAUGGAGAACAUUGAGAACAUUGUGCAUGAAAACAGAGGAACCUACCUCACCUUCACUGAAGAGACUGAACACAUCAAACCAGCUUUAAACCUGGUUCUGUGUGGGAGGAGAGGAGCAGGAAGGACUUCAGCAGCCAAGGCCAUUUUAGCUCAGACAGAGUUUCAUUCAGUCUCCGUCUCAUCAGAGUGUGUUAAACAUCAGGGAGAGGUGUGUGGACGUUGGGUUUCCCUGGUGGAGCUGCCUGCCUUGUAUGGAAAACCUCAGGAGGCAGUGAUGGAGGAAUCACUCAGGUGUAUCUCCCUCUGUGAUCCUGAGGGCGUCCAUGUCUUCAUCCUGGUCCUACCUGUGGGUCCCCUCACUGAUGAAGACAAGAGAGAGUUAGAGACCAUCCAGAACACAUUCAGCUCUCGAGUCGAUGACUUCACCAUGAUUCUGUUCACUGUGGAGUCAGAUCCUGCAGCUCCAGCUGUUGUUAACUUUCUAAAGGAAAACAAGGACAUCCAGGAGCUCCGUCAGAGCUGUGGAGGAAGAGAUGUUCUCAACAUCAAGGACGAGCAGCAGAUCCCAGAGCUGCUGGACAUGGUGGAAAAGAUGAGACAAUCUGAAAAUAAACCAUCCUGCUAUACAGCUGUAACAUUUGCACGUGCACAAAUGGAAAACCUCAUAAAACAACAGAAACAUAUCAACAGGCAACAAGAUGAACUUCAGAGGCUGAUGAAGAAGAACAAAAUCACUUGUGAUGAUGAGGAGCAGAGCCCAGAGAGUCUCAGGAUUGUGCUGAUAGGGAAGACUGGAAGUGGAAAGAGCUCUUCAGGAAACACCAUUCUAGGAAGAGACGAGUUUGAGGCGGAGUCAAGUCAAACAUCAGUCACCAAACUUUGUCAGAAAGCACAGAGUGAAGUGGACGGUCGUCCGGUCGUUGUGGUCGACACUCCUGGUCUGUUUGACAAUAGUUUGUCCCAUGAAGAGGUUUAUGAGGAGAUGGUGAAAUGCAUCAGUCUUCUGGCUCCAGGACCACAUGUCUUCCUGUUGGUGUUACAGAUCGGGAGACUCACAAAAGAGGAGAAGGAGACAUUAACACUCAUCAAGGAAGCCUUUGGGAAAAAUUCUGAAAAGUUCACCAUCAUUCUUUUAACUGGAGGAGAUUCAUUAAAGCAUGAAUAGCGGACCAUUGAAGAAUAUAUUGCUAAAAAAUGUGAUGAUUCCUUCAAGAAUCUGAUCUCUGACUGUGGAGGAAGAUACCAUGUGUUUGAUAACUGUGAUGAAGAAAACUACACCCAAGUCAGUGAGCUGAUAACCAAGAUUGACACCAUGCUGAAGGAAAAUGGAGGCAGCUGCUACACCAAUGAGAUGCUGCAAGAGGCCGAGGCAGCUAUAAAGAAAGAAAUGGAGAGAAUCCUGAAGGAGAAGGAAGAAGAGAUGAAGAGAGAGAGGGAGGAACUUCAAAGAAAACAUGAGGAGGAAAUGGAAGAGAUGAAAAGAAGAAUGGAAGAACAGAGAGCAGAAACUGAAAAGGAGAGAAAACUGAGAGAAAAACAACUUGAAGAAAAGGAGGAGAAGAUAAAGAAGGAACGUGAGAAGAGAAAGAGAGAACAGGAAAAGAGAGAAGAAGAAGACAGGAAGAGAAAACAACAGGAAGAAAUUCAACGACAGAAGUGGGAACGAAAAUGUGAAGCUUUGGAGCAAAAUAUAAGAUCAGAGUCAGAAUCAAAGGAAACCAUUGACAGAAAGCUGAAGGAGAGCAGAGAAGAGAUGAGAAAAGAACGAGAGAACUGGGAGAAAACACAAAGAGAAUGGUGGAAAAAACCUUAUCAAGAAGACGAAGAGAGACGACAGGAGGAACAAACAAGACUUAGAAAACUUCAAGAAGAAUAUGAACAGGAAAGAGAAAAUUAUGAAAAGAAAAGAAAUGAAGAGGACAGAAUCAGAAGAGAGGACUCUCAUUGAGUACUUAGGCUCUGAGGUCCUCCCGGUGGAGGAAAGCAGACCAGUUGCUGGUGUGUUUUGGGUCCCCCAAGGCUGGGCUCCCCGCUUCUAAACACACUAUCAGCAACUGGAUAGUUCAGACUAUUUCCCUGGCCUAUCAGGUGCGCGGUUUGGCUUCACCUAUGGCCGUGAGGGCCGACUCUACUAGAGGCAUGGCGGCCUCUAGGGCCCUCCUUUCAGGGGCUUUUCUUCGGGAUGUGUGUGAGGCAGCUGGCUGGGCCACUCUGCACACGUUCAUCCGGUUUUACAGUCUGGACCUUCCAUCUGCGCCCGGCACCUGAACGCUCUCCUCUUAGUCGUGGCUACGGGUUACUGCACGCUGGGGCAGGUGGGGGCUUUCAGCGUGGCAUAGUGGGUAUCUCGUUCCCAUAGUGUCGUCACCGACGCAGUUCGAGUUCCCUUGAAGGGGAACGUCUCGGGUUACGUAUGUAACCCCUGUUCCCCGAGAAGGGGAACGAGACACUGCGUCGGUCCGCCAUGCCUCGCCCUGCCUGGAGCGCCUUGCUUCAGCAGAGAGCUGGUUUGUCCUGUGUGCCGACGUGCUUUAUACACCUCCAGUUACACCGUCCCACGCUACUGUUCGAGCAACGCCAAUAGGAUUGGCGUAGUUUCAUUCAUAAUUCAGCCCUGCCACACCUAGAGGCGUUCCCAUAGAGUCGUCACCGACACAGUGUCUCGUUCCCCUUCUCGUGGAAUAAGGGUUACAUACGUAACCCAAGAGGUUAUUUGAAAUACCCAUAUAUACAAUGUGGAUCUCCUGUUCUGGGGUAAACUUGUUCCACAAGAUACUGCUUUUCUUGCAAUUCUGUGAAAAACAUUUGAUUGGUUUUACAGUGGUGACUUAUCCUUGUCAUUACUGAACUAGUACCAGUGCUAUACAGCACCUACAUUUACUUACCACUUCUCAUUUUAAAAUAACCAGCAACAGCACAGCAGCUGAGAUUUCGUGGAGCCUCCCUCAUGCUCAUCCCAUGGCCUCCCUCUUCUUCCUGGUCCUCUCCUUCUCCCUAGUUCUUAUUGAUCCUGCCCUCUCCUCCUCUUGCUUCUUCACCUCCCCAUCCUCGUCUUCUUUCAUCUACCUCCUUGUCCAUGUCCUCCUCUUCCUCCUCUAAUUCUCACCUGUCUAAAGCCACCAAGCCAAACCAAAUGUUUACCUGGGUCAAUUUAGUGCUCAAGCUAUAAUUGUUAUGUGAACAAAAAAUCUAAAAGUGUGGUUUUCACAUGUGUCAAUGUGGAAUGUCAAUUGGCAAAAUAGUGUAGCAAAAAUAGUAAUGAUAAAAGUUUUGAUAGAAGUCUGUUGAGGAAUGAGGAACUGAGUGUAAAGCAGAGAAGAGACUUGGUAAAUGAUUUGUCUAGAAGUGUUAAUGGUUUCAAAAAUAGUGCUUCAAGAAUGACUGUUAAGUGUGUCUAAGCUUUCAGAAAAAACACUGUAACUGUUCAAUUUAUGAGAAUCAAGCCUUUGGAUCAAAGCUAUUCUUUUAGAAAGCAAGUAGGCUGAGUAAAGAGAACAGGGAGGAGGAGUUAGAUCUGCUGAGUUACAUCAGAUACCUUACAGUUUUUUCUGAAUGCUUCAAAGUCAUUCUUGAGGCAUUAUUUCUCAAACCAUUGACACUAAUCAUUUAGUCAUUUCUCAGUUUUGAAUGAACACUUUCUGCUGUACGCUUUUGUAAAACUUUAAACACAACCCACUGCUUUGCACUGGUUGCAAUUUAAUAACACACAAUUACUAUUUUUUGCUACACCAUUUUGCCAGUUGGCAUUCCACGUUGACACAUAUGAAAACACUUUUUGAUUUUUAGUUCACAUACCUAUCAGAGCUUUAGCACUAUUCGUAAAUAGGCCACAGGUUAACAUUUGGUUUGGUUAGCAAUGGAGGCUUUAGAGAAAUGAGAACUCGACUGGGAAGAGCUUGAAGGAGGCUUGGCAACGGGCUCAACCAAAUCUCAGCCACUGUACUCUCACAGGUAUCAUCCUGUUAUUUUCUAGUUAUAUAAGCCCAGACAAAUGUUUUUCCCAGAAUUGCAAGAAAACCAGUAUCUGGUGGAACAGCUUUACUUACCCAGAGUAGGAGGCCCAUAUUGUAAACAUGGGUAUACCUGCAUCACACUCAGAGACCAUACUUGCACAUAACACAAUGUUCCAAAAGAUCAACAGAGUGAGUCUCUCUGCAUUGGAUGAAGCUGCUGUACAGAGUCUCUUUCAAAAUAAGCUCAAUUCAUGUAAAACAGGUGAGGAACACACAUCUAUACUUUACAUUUGGGCAGCUGUGUGUAUGUGAGUUUUACUGUACUACAUGCAUGACAAACCUUUAUUGCAAACUGGUCUGCCCUACACACAGAAAACGCAAAAGCCACAAGUAUUUUUCAUUUUUACUAUCAGUUAUAGUUUGCUUUGUGUGCUUAUUCAAAGACCUUUGUAUGUACUGUAACUCAAUUUUUAAAUGAGUUUAAAGAGUUAUGCAAGAAUUGUAAGCUUUACAUGAGAUGUAUAAGGUUUUGUGAUCAUGUGUAGAAUUUUGCAAAAAUAGCUGAUAGUUUCAAAAAAUUGUGCCUAAGCGAUCACAAAAAAAAGGUAUUUUUAAUUAUAGUUUCACCAUUUCCCUGAACUGAUUAGAUUUUAUAACAAUGAACUGUAAAUGAAGUAAAAAAAACAAACAUGUUUUGGCCAUGCUGUGUCCACCAUCUUUCACAAAGACAAUCACACAAACAUUAACUUAAGCAAAAACACAACUCCAAGACAAUUCAAAAAGAAGAAGAGAAAAAAGAACAACAAAACAACUGAAAAAAGAAACAAGCAAAAAAAACAAAAAAACAAUCAACAAUAGCUAAAGCAACAACCUAGGCAAAUACCUCAAGUUCACCAAAAAACACACCCACUCAGACUCCCCUCAACACAGCAUUUGACAGGCCAGCCUCCAGAGACCUAUGGUAGAUGACCCAAACUGCAAGAAACUGAUCCAACCUGGAGUGGAGGAUACCCGUGAGAUACUCCAAUGGAAUCAAUUGAAAUAUAACUCUAUGCCAGCCCUGAAUAGAAGGGCUGGCCUCUGAGAUCCACUGCAAUAAUAUAUUUUUUCUGGCAGCACAUGUCAACAUUUUAAACAGUCUCUUGUUAGUUGCCGUAGUUAUAUUCCUGUUUGGAAGACACUGGGUCCAUUUCCAAUUGGGUACCCAGAAUCCUCCCAAUUUCCCUCAGCAUCUCCGACCGGUAUCUCUGCAGUUUGACACAUGACCAUAAGCAAUGGGUCAAUGUUCCAACCUUCACUUUACAUUUGAGACACAUCGGUGAAAGGGAAGGGUAAAAGAAAUGUCUGUGAUGAGAAGAUAUAUGUAUUUUACGAAUAAUUUUAAACUGUAUUGCCUACAUGAGGGUGUAAAUUGAUAUAGUUUUAGCCUGAUCCCAAAUCCCAUGUUCCCAUGUCCCAUCAUCAGGAAUAGCUGACAAUUCGAUUAACAGACUAAGAGACACUUUGUCUAAUGGCUGAAACAGCAUAUUCUAAUUCUGUUCUAAUCUAUAACAAACGUUAGCAGAGGGGAGAACAGAUUUAAAGUGAGAUAGUGACAUUUUUUUUCUUUUCACCCCUGAUGAGUUUACAGUCCUGAAAUAAUCAGCCUGAAACAAAAAGCUUUUGUUUCUCAUUUGGAGAGAUGUUUCUGCCAAACUAAACACUAAUGCUCAGGAAGAACAGAAUAUCAUAUCUUACUCAUAUGUUAUUCAUUGAUAACGUCUUCUUAUUAAAUUGUUUAUCUUAAAUUAACUGACGCUGUAAUGGAGUAAAAAGUACUUUUCCAUCUGCAAAGUGGUGUUGAAGAAGAAAGUUGCACAACCUGGGCCAGGUUAAGUGAAAGUAGCUCAAAAUUACACUGAAGUACAGUCCUAGAGUAAAUGUACUUGUUUGAUUAGUAGCACCAGUAGUUUUUCAUUAUUUUUAUUGACUAAAGUGAGUAAAAAUGUGUUCUCCUAUAACUGGAACAGAAUCUGAAUAUUUGUAGAUUUUUGUCCUGCAGAGAAUUGUUGGUUUGGAUGCUUUGUUGUACAGUUGUCAGUAGUUGAUGGAAAUUAAGGCUAAUAAAGGAGGGGCAGUUCUUGUUACUGGCUGCUACAUAAUGUAUCUUUAAAAUGUGCUUUUAUACACAUAUACAUAUAUAUUCAUAGUUACAGUUAAUGUGUAUAAUCUUGUUAAACAAGCAAACUACCUUUUUGGUGUUAGAAUUAGGGCAUGUUUGACCACAGACCACAGUACUGUUGUUACUUAACACACAGUGUAAAUAUACUGCCUAUUGAAAUGUUGAGAUGUUGACUGUACAUACAGCAAUGUGAUAUAUUAUCUUUACUUUGCGAACCACACACAGACCUAAGGCUGUUUCUCCAUGUUCAAAUGCUGUUCAAAUAAUUUUUAACUCUCUGUGCUCUUCUCUUUGACCAGAGUCCCAGUCCACAGAGGUCUUGUAAGUAAUUAUUCCAGAGUCUCUUUCAACAUGCAUUUAUAUCUGCUACACAGUAGCAGUGCUAACAGUAGUACAGAAGUAUUAUUAGUAACAGAUGCCAGUUUCAAUUUACAUGAACUACUAAAUACUGCUUACAUUAUCUUCACUUUGCACGCUUAAUUAAGGUAAAUGUAGACUGAUAAUAACAACCUUUUCAGAUUCACUUUGAUCCAAUGCACUUCUUGUGCACUGACAGGGUUUUGUCCAGCAGGUGGAGCUCUAUCAUUUUUUUCUGAUAUGAAAUUUUAGAACUGCAGAUCUGUUUGUACCUGGAUGAUAAUGUGCAUUUUGGAUCUUUUUUCAGUCUAAGUUUCCUCUCUAAAAUCUCUCUGAAUUGAGGAGAUUUACUGAGAUGACUGAGACAAACGUUUAUGUCCAAAUUUAAGAUGACGUGAACCCAUUUUAUUGUUUUCUUGUCUAGAAAAUGGAUUAUAACUCUACUUAUGGUACCCAGAUCUAGUGAAAUAUCCGGAACAAACAAGAAUCUUUACAUGCAGAGUUAUGCAGAUACAUUUUAUACACACACAAACACACACACACACACAUACACAAACAUCUAUAGCUGGAUGUAGAGCAGAAUUAGAAAGAUUCUGAUAAUUAACAUUCCUAAGAAAGAUCUCUUUUACCUUAAAUCCAGCCUCCUGGACACCCUCCAUUCCAAGCCCUCUCUACCCAAAAGCUGAGCCCAGAAGAGUCCUUUGUGCAGCUGGUGCUGAGACUAACUGCCCCCUCUCAGACACACUCUGACCAGCUUCUGCUUUCCAAACACCAAUCAAGGUAAACCAAAUUAUUAUGUAAUGUAAAAAGGUGGAAAAGCGUUUUUUUAAUGCAUGGAAUGUUACAAUGUGGAUUACAAACAGAGAGAUCCAGCUGUUUUCACUCUAAAUGCACAUUCGGCACCAACUCAUGAGGAAGACUGUGUUUUACAUAAUAUACAGCAUAAACCUUCAAGUAUGAGCUUCAUAAGGACUUAAUUUGUUCAUAAUGAUUUGGUUAAAAUGAUCUGCACCUCUCUUGUGUGUUUGUUGUGUUAAUGAUUGUAUUUGAAAUAUUUUAUGUGAAACUGACAGGAAUGUAAUAUUGUAUAAUGAUGUAAAAUAUGGACACACUGCACUUUAUUAGCUGCCUGCCUCGUUCAAUGUUUGGACCAACUUUUGUCUCCAGAACAAAUUUUUACAUUGUGUUGUAGCUGUAUAUUUGUGCAACAGGGGUUAAAAGAAAAAUAACAUUUGUAUAGUGUUCACAAUGACAGAGACAUUUUAAUUGUAUUUGUGUAAUAAAGAGAGUCAUCCUGCA